UCUUUCCCAAUUUCCUCAUUCUCUACUCUCACGACCUUUUCAAACACACAGUCUUAUAACUCUUUCGCUCUCUUCUUGUUUUUUUUUCCUUUCUCAAAUUCCUUGUUUGAAUUUUGUUGAAGGAAAAAAAAAUUAAGGGUUUUGGUGAUGGGGUUUUAAUUCGAUGGACUCAUGUGUACCGUAAAACCCCCCGACUUCCAAUGACGUCUAACGCCGGCGCCGUUAACAACCCCAAACGGAAGCUCGACGAUUAUGCCUCUGACGACUUAGUACCACCACCCUCCGCCGUCAGGAUGAGAAAAGACCAAUUUACCCUUACUUCCUUCACCGAUGAUUCCCGUCCACGUCAUCACUCUCCGUCUUCAUCCUCGACGCCUUCAUCUUCAUCGUCAUCAUCGAUGACGCCGUCCUCAUCUUCGCUGGCGUCAUCCUCCGGCCGUCUUCAGUUCUUCGUCCGGUUAUUAUCCGGCGGCAACACUUUAGUGCUUCAAACCGAGUCAACUGACUCAGUGAAAUCAGUUCACGAAAAAAUUCAAUUCAUAACGGGAAUACCGAUAAUCGAGCAGCGAUUAAUAUACAGGGGGAAACAGUUACAGUGGGAGCAAACGCUAGUCGAAUGCGAGGUCCAAAACGACGCCGGAUUACAACUCGUCGGCCGAAUGCGGAGCACGGGACAUCCGCAAGCGUGGCAGCUGAUCAACGACUUGGUUUCUCAAAUUUUCGACCUCUGCAAAGGCCAAAACCCUAGGCCUUCGAGUCGUAUAAAGACGAGGCUCACGGAGUUUCUCACGAUGACGCCACGUAACGACGCUGAACAAGCCGCCGAACACCUCCAGAUUUUCCUCUCCUCGUGUGCUCCCGCAGCUCUCGUAAUGCUUUACAUGUCUCAAGCGAAGGUAAACAAAGAUACUGCUGAUGAAUCGAUUCGUCAGUUUGUUAAUUCGAGUAAGACUGUUUUGCCUAAACCUAUAUAUAUGCAAUGUGCGCCUAUAGUGUUAGAAUUUUGUAAGUUGUUAAGUGGAGCUGCUGGUGUUGAUGAUUCGUUGUAUGGCCUUUGUCGGAGUAGUUUAGGGGGUAUAGUAGAGUCCGUUGGGAUUUCGAGGUGGGAGAGUAAUGGUAAGGAUGUGAUAGCAUUGGUAGAUAUUUUCCCGUUCGUCCGCGAGCUAGGGGUUAAGUUAUCACGUGCUUUGGAUCCGAGUAUGGAAUCAUUGAACGCCUUUAUGGGGCCAUCUUUGAAUGAUGUGCGUGAUUUUACUGCGUUUAUGCGUCCUGUCAGGAAUGUGAUAGGGGAUCAUGUAGCUAUUUGUAGUCCGAUCGCUUUCCCGUUGCAGGAGGAAUGCGGCACCAGUGAAGGGGGAAGCAAAAGAUAUGGAAUGCCGUAUUACAGAGAGCAGAUUAAAUGUUUGCAUGAUAUUUACUUUGAUUUGCUGGAGAAACUGGAGCUGUGUUUGAAGAAAAUGGAAGAACAUUUUGUUGGGAAAGAGAAAGGAGAAGGUGAGCCCUUCGCACUUGGGUGGUCUCAGUAUCUUGCAAUUCUGAAGGAGAUAAAUGGUAUUUCAAAGCUUUUUAAGGGCUCGGAGGACGAGUUUUGGAAAAAAAUAAUUCAAAGAAGGGUUUCGUUGUGUUUUCUGAUUGUUAAAUUUGCUAAAAGAUCUGAAGAUCAUCGGUGGAUACUGGAGCACAAGGAAGUAACUAAUUUUGAGGCGAGGAGGCAUUUGGCCAUGAUGAUGCUUCCAGAAGUGAAGGACGAGUACGAGGAGCUUCAUGAGAUGCUCAUUGACCGCUCACAGUUGCUAUCAGAAUCUUUUGAGUACAUUGCACAUGCAGAUCCUGAGUCACUCCGUGGUGGCUUAUUUAUGGAAUUCAAGAAUGAAGAAGCUACGGGGCCUGGUGUCUUAAGGGAGUGGUUUUUCUUGGUAUGUCAAGCAAUCUUCAACCCUCAAAAUGCUCUGUUUGUUGCUUGCCCAAAUGACCGUAGAAGGUUUUUUCCAAAUCCAACAUCUAAGGUGGACCCUUUGCACCUUGAGUAUUUUAGCUUCUCUGGCAGGGUAAUUGCUUUGGCCUUAAUGCAUAAAAUACAAGUUGGUGUUGUUUUUGAUCGCGUGUUCUUUUUACAAUUGUCGGGCAAGAAUAUUUCAUUAGAUGACAUAAGGGAUGCAGAUCCAUACUUGUAUAGCAGCUGCAAGCAGAUAUUGGAGAUGGAUCCAGAGAUGGUGGAUCAAGAUACUCUUGCUUUGACAUUUGUUCGUGAAGUUGAAGAGUUAGGAUCCAGGAAGGUUGUCGAGCUUUGCCCCAAUGGGAGAAGUACUAUGGUGACUAGUAAAAACAGGGAGCAGUAUGUUGAGCUUCUUAUUCAGCAUCGCUUUGUCACAUCCAUUGCUGAGCAGGUAGCUCAUUUUGCUCAAGGUUUUGCGGACAUUAUAACUACCUUAAGGCUCCAGAAAUCCUUUUUCCAGAGCUUAGAUCUUGAAGAUCUUGACUGGAUGCUCCAUGGGAGCGAAACUGCUGUUUCUGUGGAAGACUGGAAAGCACAUACUGAUUACAAUGGCUACAAAGAAAGUGAUCCUCAAAUAUCUUGGUUUUGGAAGAUUGUUGGUUGCAUGUCUGCCGAGCAGAGAAAGGUUCUCCUCUUCUUUUGGACUUCAAUAAAGUAUCUUCCAGUAGAGGGUUUCGGUGGUUUGGCUUCUAGGCUUUACAUCUACAAAACCAGAGAGUCUUAUGAUCGCCUGCCUUCGUCACACACAUGCUUCUACCGUCUAUGCUUUCCUCCUUACCCAUCCAUGGAUGUCAUGCAAGAUCGACUUCGCAUUAUAACCCAGGAGCAUGUUGGUUGCAGCUUUGGUACAUGGUGACAUCUGUGAUCUUCUGGGACCUGAAAUCAACUGCACAUAAGAUAUGUAAUCAGCUUGUACAUAUGUAUAGGAUAUGCUCCCAUUUGGAACUUGACUGUGGUAAGGUUUUUUUGGCUGGUUUAAAUGGCGGAAGGUUGUAGUUCUAGUUACCCCCCAAACCCAAUUAACUUUAUAUAAGUAUAGUAUCUGUUAAUAAAGAAAGCAAGAAGGGUCAAGUUUUUCUUUUAAUUUCUAAUUCUAUUUCUUCCUUUUUUA